UGACAUCCGGUUUAAUGUCACGGCAAAUUUUAAACUGGUUAAAGCGGCCAUCGUUGCACGUGAGAUAAAUGAGCGAGCCUGGCAUAAUUCCUGAGGAUGAAUUUCUGGAAUUGACGAGCUUUGACAAGCAGCUUGGACGUUCCAUAAUGACAACUUACAUUUUGAGACCUGUGCUAUCAACCUUGAAGCUGUGGCACGUCAGAGGGCGCUGUAGUGCUCCCCAGAGCGACGAUUUGGCUCAGGUCAAGACCAUGCUACAGCUGUGUGUGGACAGAUACUUCAUCUCACCUGGUAAGUCAAACACAGCGCGGUUCCGCCGUGGCAUGAGCUGUAACUAUGGUCCAUUGGGCAUGGAGCUGAGAAGGAACCUUCUGGAGCAGUGGUGGAGGUCUGUGAGCAGCUCCAGAGAUCAGGUGUUUGGGAUCAGCACUGUGAGCUGCACUAUGGAUGGAGACAGCGAUACAGGAGAGGGUGGAGGACACCUGAGGAUGGUUGAAGCUGAGAGCCUAAAACAAAUGCUUCAACAGGAAAAUAUAAGCAAGGAGCAAAUCAUCCAGGAGCUGCAAAGUCUCCUUCAGAGGGCACCACCGUUGAGAAGGAACCUACUACAAGGUGCCUUACUACAGUUUGUCCCAAUGUUGGAGCUGGUAAACAGGAAGUUGCCUUUUGGCCUGGCAGAAGUCGGUCUGUGCUUUGAGCCUUCUGAUGGCUCUGGUCGCCUGACUGAGUUUACACAAACAUCUCUGGUGUGGUUCUGCUCCCCUCGCACUUCUUCACAGUGGUUGGAUCACUGGGCUCGACAGAGGCUAAAGUGGUGGAGAAAAUUUUCAUUGUCUCCCUCCGGCUUCUCCAUCAGCAAUGUCCCUGGCGAAGAAGUCAUUGCCGCAGCAUCUCGUGGUGUCAGGGUCCUGUAUAAUUUCCCAUGGGGACAAGAAGCGCUGGAGACUCUGUGGAGCAGAGGAGAUGCUGAGCUGCUGCAUGUACACAAUGGUGUUCGAUCAAAACUUCAGUGUCGGAACGAGCGCAAGUCGGUUCCUCAGGUUCUGUCCAUAACUGGGAACGUUGACUGUGGUUUGAUGGCUUUUUUGUUCAACUCAUUGCAACAGUUGGAGAAAAAAGACGGCAAACAGAGGCUGCAGCACAGAAAAGUCCUGAAGUUGCAUCCAGUGUUGUCUCCGAUCAAAGUAGCUUUAGAUACUGGCAGAGGAGCUACUGUAGAGUUGAAACAGGUUUGCGAAGGACUUCUUCAUGAGUUAAUGGAGACUAAGAUCACUGUGUGGCCUGGGUAUCUUGAACCGGCACCAACAUCAAUGGAGCAGCUUUUUGCCAAGUAUGAUGAGAUGGGUGUGCUUUUCUCUGUGGUCAUCACUGAGGACACCUUGGAGACUGGUCUUCUGCAAGUUCGCAGCAGAGACACCACCAUCAAGGAAACUAUGCACAUCUCAGCGAUUAUGAACUUUUUGACUAGAUACAUUUCUGCUGCUGAAAAGAUAUAAAGAGAUAAAAAGAAGUAUAUUUCGUGCCAAAUC